AUGGUGUGCUGUGACAAAUGUGAGCGCUGGGAGCACUAUGAAUGUGCAGGAGUUACGGACUCGAUUGCUGAGCCAGAAUGCAGCUGGAUGUGUCGUCGUUGCAGUGCCCGCGCUGAGGAUCAACGGAGCAACACUAAGUCCGUUUUAUCCUUCAAUGAGUCAUCUGUAAGCAAAGGUAGUAAAAGGUCGCAAGCUAGACUACAAUUAAGCUUAAACCUUUUGGAAGCGCAGCGCGAUCUGCAACGUAAGCGGAUCGAAGAAGAGGAAGAGUAUCUUAAACUUCCGACUAGUGUACAAACUAAUGUUAGUAUCCCCUAUACGAGUGGUGUCAUCUCAUCAAUAACAAACGGUGGUAUCGCUAAGGUAGUAACUCAGUCGCAGAUCCAAAAUCUGAGUACCGUGCCGGUAUAUUCGUCAGCUGUUGCAAGCGUUACGAGCUCGUAUGACGUUUUCACCACGACUAAUACGAGUUGCCAUAAUUUCGGAUCCACUCCAUACAGCAUGCAGUCCGCCCCGACACAGAUCAUUCCGAAUAUUCCCACACAAUCAAAUGUAACGGUUGCCGAUUAUUUGCGAUCAAACGUUCCGAUGUUGGCUGAUAGUGUAGCCAAUCGGUCCUUUUUGCCACCAGUCAGUGCCAUUUCAACACACAGCCAUUCGCAUCCCGUCCCGCUUGUUCCAUUUAGUUGUCCGAGCACUAGUUUUCCCUGGGUGGAAUCAGUAAACCAACCAUUAUACCCGUCGACAACGAUAAUGACGUCCCCAUACAUGGGACAGUCUAGUUCUGGGCUUAUUCUUUACCAUACUACGCCGACGGUGCCGACAGUCUCUGCAGUCCGAACAACAUCGGAAAUUCAAUCCGCCAUCCCAGCGGUAGGAUUAACGAGUGCGCAGGCGGCAGCUCGCUCAGUUAUGUCGCGAGAUUUGCCAAAGUUUUCCGGAAAUCCCCGGGAUUGGCCCAUGUUCUACAGUAAUUAUAAAAACUCUACCAAUGCUUGCGGUUAUUCCAACGACGAAAAUAUGGCUAGAUUGCAACGUUGCCUGGAAGGUCAUGCGAGAGAGUCAGUGCGUAGCCGCUUGUUGAUGCCGGCGUCAGUACCACAUGUCAUAGAGACUCUCCGUAAAUUGUAUGGGAGACCGGAGUUAUUGAUAAAUUCUCUAUUGAAAGACGUUCGGGAUAUUCCGCCUUUGAGGGGAAACGAUUUAAAAGCUAUCGUUAAGUACGGACUUGCCGUACAAAAUUUAAUUGAACAUGUCAUUAUUGCCGAACAACCAAACCACCUAUCAAACCCAAUCCUGCUUCAAGAGUUGAUUGAAAAAUUACCGACAUCUUUACAAAUGCAGUGGGGGUGUUUCAAACUUUCCCGUGGCGAGGUCAACUUGGUGACCUUUAAGGAAUUCAUGCAGGGUUUACUCAAUGUUGCAACGGAUCUCACGGCAAAUGAUGAAUCACAUACCCGAGUUGAUAUCCCCAGAAAGGAGAAAAAACGCAAUGAAAAACUUUUCGUGCAUUCGGGUGAACCGGUAAAGGCUGUCACGCAGGUAGAUGAAAAUCAGAGGAGAAAACCUGAUAAAACCUGUAGCUUCUGUGGGGAUAGUAAACAUUUGAUAUUAGCUUGUUUUGGAUUUAAAUCGUUGGAUCUAGACGGUCGGUGGAAAGCUGUUAACCAAAAAAGGCUUUGUCGCUCCUGUUUGGUACCGCAUUGGAAAGGUGCAUGUCGGUCGACGCGAGAGUGUGGGAUAGACGGUUGUCGUAUUCGCCAUCAUCCCUUGUUGCAUUAUUCUCGCAAUGCUUUGGAAGUGCAAGCUGGGACUAGUAUGGCUUACAAUAGUUCCGUUGCUCACCAGAACCAUCAUUUCGCUGCUUCUUAUACACUUUUUCGAUACCUCCCGGUCACGCUGUUUGGAAACGGUACUGAAAUAAAAACUUUCGCGUUUCUCGAUGAUGGCUCUUCCUCGACAUUAUUAGAAGCGGAGUUAGCCAAACAAUUAGGACUUUCGGGAAAACCUGAAACACUCUGGUUAAGCUGGACAGGGAAAAUAGAUCACCACGAAAAGGAAUCGGAGCGCGUACACUUGAAAGUGGGUGGAACUGGGUGGAAAUCAUCGUUUGCACUGGAGAACGUGAGAACGGUUCGGAAUUUAGGUCUACCCAGCCAGACACUGGAUUAUAACAAUCUUUCCAAAGUUUUUCCAUACUUGAGGGCUCUUCCAAUCGAAAGCUACACUAACGUGAGCCCCCAAAUCAUCAUUGGUUUAGAGCACGCUCGCUUACUGACAUCACUCAAAGUGCGCGAGGGUGACGGUUGCGGCCCGAUAGCUACCAAGACUAGACUGGGUUGGUGCAUAUUUGGCAGAAACUCGCCGAUGGCCACCGUCGUCGAGCAACUUCACGUACAUGUGGAAGAGUCCAUGAGCAACAGUAAGCUUCACGAAUCGAUGAAGCGAUUUUUUGCGAUUGAGGAAGCUUCAGUUUCUAAAAAGUUAGAUGCAGAAGUGGACAGACGUGCGUGGCAGAUUUUAGAGAGUACGACUGUACUGAAGGGAAAUCAAUUUGAAACGGGGCUGCUUUGGCGAACAGAUAACCCAUGUUUUCCAGACAGUUUUCCGAUGGCAGUAAAGCGAUUCCAUAGCCUAGAAAAACGGCUAGCGCGUGAACCAGUACUGGCUACAAAAGUUAGGGAACAAAUUGCCGAUUAUGAACGAAAAAAUAACGCACACCGAGCAACCAAAGUGGAACUGGAGACAACAGACCCUUCGCAUAGUUGGUACCUACCACUAGGUGUAGUAACCACCCCAAAAAAACCUGAAAAAAUACGCCUCAUCUGGGAUGCCGCGGCGAAAGCCAGAGGAAUAUCUUUCAACGACAUGCUUCUUAAAGGACCAGAUCUUCUUACUUCGUUGCCGGCCGUUUUACUUCGUUUCAGGCAAAGGAAAAUUGUCAUCUGCGGUGACAUAUGUGAAAUGUUUCACCAAAUCAGGACACGCAAUGAAGAUAAACAGUUUCAACGGUUUCUCUGGAGAGAUGACCCCAAAGAUGCCGUGCAGAUAUUGGUGAUGGACGUUGCGACGUUUGGGGCGACUUGUUCCCCAUGUUCCGCCCAAUAUAUUAAAAAUUACAACGCACGGCGGUUCGAGAACAUUUACCCAAGAGCGGCGUCUGCCGUAAUUGACAACCACUACGUUGAUGAUUUUUUGGACAGCGUUGAUACGGUGGACGAAGCAGUGCAACUGGUAGAAGAGGUGAAAAGUAUACAUGCAGCAGGUGGAUUUAAAAUCGGUAAAUUCUUAUCGAACGCUCCUGUAGUACUUUCUCGACUAGGAGAGUCUAACGCAAACCGCUCAAAACCGUUUAAGAUAGAUGGUCACGGAGAAUCGGAACGAGUUCUUGGGAUUACCUGGAUUCCAUCCGUUGAUGCGUUUACCUUCGACACGACUAGUAUGCCGGAAAUUCGAGAGCUAGUGGACACCAAAGUGGUGCCAACUAAGCGUCAAGUUCUUCGUACCGUCAUGAAGCUGUUUGACCCACUUGGUCUGAUCGCACACACGGUGGUACCGUUGGAUUGA